UCUGGAUAGGCAGUGGGAGUAAAAGAGGGAGGGAGGGUGAGAGAGAGGGAGAGGGAAGUUACAGUGCUCUGUUAUUGCUCUCUACCAUUCCCUCUCUGACCUGAAGAACUGAAAGCAAGAACUAAAAGAGAGAGAGAGAGAGAGAGAGCAGAGCUUGGGAUGGCUGUUGGCCCAACUCUGUAGCCAGCACAAGAGGACACCACAAGUGGAACACGAGAGCCAGAGGAUAUUAGUGGAUACUCUGCUGCUUUAGAGCCUUUUCUCUAGGAUUACCCUUUGGUGUGACUACUAAUUGCUCAAACCUGGGGACAACACAACAGCAGAGACAACUGGGAAUGUUGCAUGUCAGACUGGAAUGCAGGGCACGUGCCUUUGGAAUCCCCAUUUGUUGCUCUGGAGAAUUCACUACAAUCAAGACUGCAGUGACUGGUCAAGGUAGAAUAUGAGGUCCAAAAGCAGCGGGGUAGAGAGCCCGGCCAAUGGGGUGCUUGGGGUUCCACAGGGUGACCAUGACAUCAGCCAAGAACAGGAAGAGGGUCUGCCCAUUAAGAGCCUGAAGGCCAAAGCUCAGCAGAAGGAGGGUGAGGAUAAUUUGCAGGUGGGGGUGAUCUCUAACAAAGAGAAGCUACUGAUUGAUUCCCCCGAGGAUGGAGAGAAGAGAGGGGACAUCAUGGAUCUGUCCAACAAGGAUCUGCUAAAACUGCUGGGGAUCAUGGAAGGAGAGAUUCAGGCCAGAGAAGACGUUAUCUGCAUGCUAAAGUCCAAACAGUCUGUCCCAGAGGACCUUGAAUCACGUUAUGGUUCUGCGGCCCCUGGUUCGGCCCUCACAGCCCUGCAGAGGGACGGCUUCAUCACUGGCAGCGAGCCGCACGACCGCAGUGUUUACCAAAAGCCAAUGGUUGAGCUGGAGCGUCUGCAGGAGAAGCACAAGGACACGUAUCGUAGGAUGCUGGGUCAGUUGCUGCUCGCCGAAAAAUGCCACCGCCGCACCGUCCACGAGCUGGAAACAAAGGAACGCAAGCACGUAGACUACAUGAACAAGAGCGAUGACUUCACCAACCUUCUGGAGCAGGAGAGAGAACGACUGAAGAGGUUGCUUGAGAACGAGAAAGCCUAUCAGGUAAGAAAGGAGAAGGAGCACUCUAAACGUCUGGCCAAGGUGCAAGAAGAGCUGGUCAAGCUGAAGUCCUUUACGCUGAUGUUGGUCAAUGAGCGUCAGCAGCACCUGGAACAAAUGGACCAACAGAGCCAGCGGGCCCAGGAACUCAGCCAGCAGCUCCAGCAGUGGGAGCAGGCACUGAGUGAAGCCCGGGAGCGUGCUCAGGAGGAUGGCCAGAGGGUGCUGAGCCUGGAGGCUGAGCUUAAAGAGAAAUCCACCAAACACACCCAACAACACGAGGAGAUGAGUGCCAAGCUGGCCACUCAGGAUAUCCACAAUCGUCAACUUAAUGCCAACCUUCUUGGGCUUUCGCGUAAAGUGGAGGAGCUAGAGGAGAGCAACAGGGCCUUGAGGAAAUCUGAGGAAGAGUUGCAGGAGCUGAGGGAGAAGAUUGGCAAAGGGGAGUCUGGCAACUCCAACUUGAUAACUGAGUUGGAGAACUUGCGGAAACAUGUGCUGGAGAUGGAGGGAAAGGAUGAGGAGAUUACCAAGACUGAAAAUCAGUGUAAGGAGCUACGAAAGAGGCUACAAGAGGAGGAUAGUAAGAGGAAAGACCUAAGGCUGGAAGUGGAGAAGCUCCAAAAAAGAAUGACGGAGUUAGAGAAACUUGAGGGUGCCAUCAGCAUAAGCAAGGCUGAAUGUGCACAGUUACACACUGCUCUAGAGACAGAGAAGGGCCUCACCAAAGAGCUCUCAGAUGAGGUUGUAGCUCUCAGGAUCCGUAUGAAAGAGAUCGAGUCCUCUGAACUUAAGUUAGAAAAGUCCGAGCUGAGCCUUAAGGAUGACUUGAGCAAGCUGAAAUCAUUGACUGUUGCUUUGAUGGAAGAACGAAAGACCCUGAUGGAAAAACUGAAGUCAGAUGAGAAGAAAAAGGAGGAUUUGAGUAAAAUGGUGAAAGUUGAGCAGGGUACAGUUAUGGAGUUGACUGAAAAAUUGAUAGAGGAAAGCAAAAAGCUCUUGAAGAUGAAAUCAGAGAUGGAAACCAAAGUAGAGACUCUAACCAUAGAAAAGGGGGAGCUUGGCACUAAGCUGACCUACGAAAUUGAUAAAACUAAGGAUCUUAGUGCUAAGGUUGGUCAAAUGAAAAAGAGGUUAGAUGGGUUCGAGCAAGCAGAAAAUCUACCAGUAAAGAAUUCAGUGAAAUGUGAACUGGGAAGAAUGACCGACCCUGUCAACAGAGAAGACAACAAAGUUAAGGAGCUGACAUUUGAAAUUCAACGCCUGAAAAAUCGUCUCAAACAACUUGAAGUAGUUGAGGGAGAUUUGAUCAAGACAGAGGAUCAGUACGACAUGUUGGAGAAAAGGUUCAUGACUGAACAAGACAAAGCCAACAUUCUUUCCCAACAGGUGGAGGAAAUGAGGGGUCAGAUAGCACGAAACAAAGCAAUCGAAAAAGGAGAGGAGGAAAGCCAGGAAGUAAACCUCCGACAACAAUGCAAGAAAGAGGAGGCCAAAACCAGGGAACUGCAGGCGGACAUUGUAGCCCUCAAGGAGAAGAUCCAUGAACUGAUGCACGAGGAAGACCAACUUUCUCAGCUCCAAGUGGAUUACUCUGUCCUGCAGCAGAGGUUCUUGGAAGAGGAGGAGAGAGCCAAGAACAUGGGCACUGAAGUUUUCCAUCUCACCAAAGAAUUGGAGAUAGCAAAGCGUCAUAGUCGAGCGCUAAGGCCUAGUUUGAAUGGGAGGAGAAUGGUGGACGUUGCUGUGACAUCCACUGGAGUACAGACAGAGGCAUCAUCAACUGGGCUAGCAGAGGAGGAUACCCCAGCUGUGUUUAUCAGGAAAUCUGUUCAAGAAGAGAAUCACAUCAUGAACAACCUCAGACAGAAGUACCUAAAGAAGCCAACAGAAAAGAGUGGUGUUGAGCGUUGCCCUUCAUCUGGCAGUGACAUGGGCGUGAAGAAAUCCUGGAUUCCCUGGAUGAGGAAAAAGGACAACACCCCUCAAGGGAGCAACAUGGGGAAGCAUCUGCAAAUUAAUGGUGAUCAUUUGACUUCUGAACUGACAAUGUCCCAAAAGCAAGGGCAGCCUUUACACAUUCGCGUAACACCGGACCACCAAAACAACAUGGCUACUCUUGAGAUUAGCAGCCCCACUGCUGAGGACGCUUUCUCUAGCUCAGCUCCCCUCAGCCCCAACCCAUCUCAACCUAAAUCCAGAAUUACAAUCAUUCCCACCUACUCUGCUCCAACCCACAAGAGAAAGUACACCACUGGACCUCAGGGCCCUGAAAGAGCCAAGUCUCCAGUCACCAUCACAACGAUAUCCAGAGCCAAGUCUCCAGAAAGCAGCCAAGCCCCCUCUUCUGCGUCAGGUAGGCCCUUGUCCCCUGUCUCUAUUAUGACAGUGAGCACAGCUAUAGUGCCGGCAGCAUCUUCCUCCCCAGAACCCCAGGAGAUGACCAUGGGCCGAGCUGUGUUCAAGGUUACCCCCGAGAAGCAGAUGGUCCCAAUGCCUACACGGAAGGGCCACACCAGCACUAGCUACAUCACAACCACUGACGAUAACAAGAUCCAUAUUCAUCUAGGCAACAGCAUGACCCCAAAGAUGGUAGUCAGGCCGGUGGCUGCUGCAACAGAGAGCAAGGAAAUGACCUUAUCAACUGGGACAGUUUUACGCUCCCCCCGCCAAAUCACCACCACCACUACCAGGAGCACACAGAGCAAAGUGAUGAGCACUAUCACAAUUUCCCCUGUUGCAUCCAACACUUCCAGACCCACACAAAGCAUGACUGGGCACGAUGCCCAGCAACCUCGCACAGGGCUCACCCGCAUCCCAAUGUCCAAGAGCCUGAAGACGGGGAAAGCUGUGCAGGGAUCCCUGGGGAUCUCGGGUGGAGUGAAGCUAGAGUCACGAGCUGACAGUCAGUCUGUGAGGAUAGAAGUUAAGAAGUCCACUGUAAAUAGCAAUACUUUACAAAAUGGAGGAAAAGCCUGAUUGACAUAAUAGUACCAACAAAAUACUCAAACAUAUUUGAAAAUGGUGCUUCAGAAAGAUUAUAACAAUGCCCACAGGAAAAAGCUCUGAUUUCCCUAUCUAACUCAGCUAGACAUUACAAGACACAUUUUAUUAAAUAAACCAUUUGUAAUUUUUAUAAAGUAUUUUUGUACUUGUCUAUCUCAAAUGCAUUUCUGCCAUUUCUCUGAAUUUACAGUGUGUAUUGUGAUGGACAUUUAAAUAUUGUAUCAGACCGUGCUGCUACUAACUGCUUUUUGCUUUGAAUGGUUGUCUCACACAUAAGGAUUUUGUUGAUAAUACUUAUAUAGGACACAUUAUAAGUCAAAAUACUUGUCAUCGUGUAAAUUUUGUUUAUUUUUUCUGUAAAGGAUUUGUACUGAAAAGUAUUUCAAAUAAAUGUUUUUUUUCAAAAGGUAGUGUGACAUGCUUAUUUGUGUAGGCAAGUAAGAAACACAAAUAUGCAGCAAAGACAGAGAAUGAAUUGUGCCAGAUGUUUUGCAUGUGCGUGUCUCGUCUGUGUAGUCAUAGUAAGUCAGGCUUUUAAAACAUUACAAUACCCUUUGAAUCCUCUAGGCAGCGCCUACAUCCACAUGUUACACUGGACCAAAGGAAUUGCCCCAGUUUUUCUCUAUUUGUUAUUUCAAAUGUAUUGAAGCAAAAGCUCCAUGUAGCCUACUGAUGUAUAUUGGUGAUUUUUAACAAAUUUCCAUAUACGUAGUUUGAGACAAAGGGAAAAUAUUAUGCUUGUAUACGGAAGCAAAGAGAGGCCACAAUAAUCUUAGAUUGAUGUAUUUAUAGAGCACAUUUAAACCAACAGGUGUUGACCAAGGUGUGUUACAGGGAACCACAAUUACAUUAUCUAAACAAAAAAAAUAGAUAAAUAACUGUAACAGACAAAAAAAAAAACAGUUUAAUCAUUAUAUUGGAAAAAUUAAGGAGACUCAAACGUUGUUGUAUUUAAUUGCCACUGCCCGAAUGUACUUGACCUGAAUAUAUUUUUUGGAUAAUGGACACUUGACUUGAAAAUUAAUUUGUCAACACACAUGUUUAAACUUGCACGAGGAGGAUUCAAACAACAUAAAUUCCGAUAGGCAGAUGGUUCUCAAAUUCAUUUUUGAAUUUUAUAAAUUCUUAGUGAUUAAAAGUUCCAACUGGAUGUUAAGUUGCUUGUA